AGAGAUGCAGGCGAGUAGUAGUGGUGAUCCGCGAAUACAUAUCACUUUACAAUAUGGUAACAACAAAGAAAUGGUUUUGCUGGAAAGGACAGACGAACCACAGGUAUUUGAAUCAUUACGGAGACGAGCUCGUGCACUUGUGGAGCGUACAAGUCCUGGAGAAAGCGAGCUGCACCUAUUUCGUCACGAUUAUGACUCCCCUAAUGUGCUUCAACAUAUCGGAAGCAUAUCACAGCUGAAUAAUGGCUGCAUCGUCGAAGUAAUCGUUGUGGAUCGAAAUGAAAGGCCAACUCGACCGCAUGUUUUAGAGGUGAAAAACUAUAUGACUUUGACGUUCUGUGAUUUUUGUGGAGCUAUGCUAACGGGUCUUAUGCGUCAAGGGCUACACUGUGUCGCUUGCAAAUGUAACUUCCAUCGUCGAUGUACUGAAGCUCCACGAAACAAUUGUGUCGUAGCAACUCCGGGUCUUUCUACGAUGAGCCCCAUCCCGAUGGGACCAGGUGGGGUUGGCGUGGGAAGCCCGCUGCCACCGGGUACACCAAGUGCUGCUCUGGAGCUACCGCACACACUUGUCGAGAAUAACUAUUUAACCCCGACAAAGUGUAAAAUUUGCGACAAAAUGCUCAAAGGGUUGAUUAGGCAAGGAUUGAAGUGUAGAGACUGUGGGGUAAAUGUUCACAACAAAUGUGCUUAUCAACUGCCAUCAAACUGCACUUUAUCCGACCACGCCAUCAGCCGGAUGAGCAUCACCGAGACACCGUCAUCUACGCCAUCUGCAAGAAGUAGUUUGGUGAACAUGGACGAAGAGCCGAGCAGCAGCGAGAAUAUACCAUUGUUCCGCUUACCUGGCCAAGUGACAUCCAGAAAUACAACGCAACCAAAAGUAGAGGGAUGGAUGAUUCAUUUUCUUCUCUCUGAUCCAGAGCGGAGGCUCAAACAUUACUGGAUAUUGGCUAAUGAUGCUAUUAAUAUGUAUCAUGAGUACAAUGAAGGUGUAAAUCCCAACAAAUGUUAUAUGGUACUUCCCUUAGCUGAAAUUCUUGCUAUCACUGCUUACCAAGGACCGCCCGUACAUUCAAAGUAUCCCCCUCACUGCUUUGAAAUUAGGACCAUAUCUAAUGUUGUCUAUUGUGUUGGUGAGAACCUACAUGCGUAUUCCAAUGGACCACCAAAAAAGAUUCCCAGGUGUUAUAGCAUUAGGCCGCCUUCAAAUACUCAGCUAUGGUUCCAGGCCUUGAAAGAUGCCUUACAACCACCAGUAGGGCGCUCGGACCACCCUAAUUCGGAGCGAGCGUUAGAAUUCGCGGAGCUCUACCAGGUUCUGAAGGAGAAAGUUCUUGGGUCGGGUCAGUUCGGUACUGUCUAUAGUGCAAUUCAACGGCACACGGGUGUGGAAGUCGCAGUUAAGGUAAUCUCCAAAGAACGGUUUUCAAAGAAAAGCAACGGCUUAGAAUCGAUGAGGGCGGAGGUCGCCAUUCUUCAACGCGUAUGUCACAGUGGAAUCGUUCGUCUAGAGUUCAUGUGUGAAACGAAAGAUAAAAUAUUUGUGGUGAUGGAGAAGCUGAAUGGAGACAUGCUAGAAAUGAUUCUUAGCCAGGCUGCUGGACGUCUUGACGAACGUGCCACACGAUUUCUUCUCGUACAAAUCUUGUCUGCAUUACAAUAUCUACAUAAACAAGGCAUCGCUCAUUGCGAUCUGAAACCGGAAAAUGUUCUGCUCUCCGAAAUGAACACGAACUUCCCACAAACAAAAAUCUGCGAUUUCGGAUAUGCCAGAUUUAUUCCCGAAUCCCAAUUCCGAAAGACAAUCGUUGGCACACCUGCUUAUCUUCCACCCGAAGUACUGCUCAGGCAAGGAUACAACAAGUCGCUAGAUAUGUGGUCCGUUGGCGUGAUCAUCUACGUGACCCUUUCGGGCACAUUUCCCUUCAAUGAAGGGGAUGAGAUAGCUGAUCAAAUCCAGAACGCGGCGUUUAUGUUUCCAGCAGAGCCAUGGGCUGAAGUAUCUCCAGCAGCCAUAGAUCUAAUUCAGCGCCUCCUACGGGUAAAGAUAGAAGAGCGCCUUACUAUCGAGCAAUGUCUGGCUCAUGAGUGGCUGAAAGGAGAGCAGCUAUAUCGCGAUCUUAGGAGUUUGGAGCUGCGGCUAAAGUGCCCUCGGUAUCUGACCAGUCCCGCUGAUGAUGAGAAAUACGCUGAAUUUCUACAACAGCAAGGUCUUGUUCCGGAAUUUUAGGACGCCGUUCCUGCCAACGCAGUUUAAGCUGCUCUUGUGCCAGUUGAUUGUGAUAGUGCACCACAAAUAUAAAUUAACAUAUUUGGUAACAGCUGUGCUGAAUAAAAUUCUAAG